AUGUGUGCAGCGAUGGAUGAGCUAUGUCGACAUGGGAUCCCAGAGCUUGUCGCAACGUGGCGGUUUUAUUGGCGAGUCCAACUUAUGCUGCUCAUGACUUUGAAGCUGCAUCCGCUAAGCCUUUCUGCUCCGGUUGUCUUCGUGAUUUCGAGAUCUUUCACGACUAUCUUCCCGGAGGACUUCCUCAUGAAUCAGUCGUGGCACGAACCUGGCCUUUUUGCGAAUGAAUCGUUACAGAGGGCUUUGGUCUUGUGCGCAUAUCCAGCAGCCGUCUGGUGCUGGUACCUGUUCAGUUUCACCUCCAAAAUCUAUGCCAUCAAGACUGGGCAAGUGGUCCCUGAGAGUGGGCGCACCAGCUUCAGAGAAAGACCGGAGCAGUCCAGCUUCUGGCGGUGGUGGGCGAGGUCGACGCAUGAGUCUGUAACGGAUUCACCUCUGUCUUCCAGGAACAUCCCGGCGGCGAUCAUUUGCUGUAUCAUUCUUUGGGGUAGCCAUAUGGUGUACGUGGAUGUGGCCUUGAGGUUUGUGCAGACGCCAACUGUUGGUGGGCCUUGCAAUGUCGUUCCGGCAAUGCUACAGCAAGAUUUGAGUCAUGGUGCUGUCAGCUUGCUGGUGAUUGUCAUGACAGGUUUCAUCACCUCGUUUUUGCGAUGGGUCGGCUUUCUGGGCUAUGCCCUGACGCAGGAUCUGCCUCUUCUGGCAUGUGCACUUGCCCCUUCGGCGAUGAGUUUUGCGCUCCACGUGUGGAUGCUUGACAUCACGUGCCUGCGCAGUCUUCCGGCCUUCGCCAUCUUCUCGGCGCCGAUCGCGGGGGUGGGACUGGCUGAAGCACUGUUCGUGCUCUCCCUUUCCCAUGUUCACCCCGUAGUCAUGGCCAUGGCCGUAGUCCUUUCUUGUAUAUACCUCUCAUGGUUGGAAAGCAUGAUCCCGGGUUGGAGGCUACAUCCCGCCGUGCUGUACCAGUUCAUGAUUGGCGCAGUGCUGCUGCUGAUCUUGCACUCCUGGGGUCAUGCUUCCGUGGUUCGCACAGUCUGGGCCGCGGCAGAGAGGAGCCAGGCCAAUGCAGAGAGCCUGGAGCAACUUCGGUCCUGGAAUGACACCUCAAGCCACGACGAGGAUUCUUGGAUGCAGCUCGCGCAGCUUCAUUCCGCCGAGGGGCCGGGGCCGGCCGUUCCUAGGGCCAUGCCGGCGAGAAGUUUGGCUUCCAUCCUCGAGCUCAAGAGGUCCAUGGCUUCUUCGAGCCCGACCCGCAUCCCGGCCGAGGCCUGCCAGGACUUGCAUGACUUGCCAGCUCUUUCUCUCGAGGUCGAAGGAGAAGGAGUCGCAGGAGCCGAAGGUGAAGAGAUGGCUUACCGGCCUCAGGCCUCUGUGGCAGUGCUUCGGCACGGCGAGCGCCAGGAUGCGGUGUUCGAUUCCGGCUGGCAUCAGACGGAGGACGCAGCGAAAUAUCCUGGAGAUUGUCCAAUCACUGACGAGGGCGUGAGGGCCGCCAGGGAGGUGGGACGUACACUCCGUGAUUUUGGCGACUAUGGCAUCAUCGUUUCCUCGCCAUAUCUACGCUGUGUCCAGACAGCCGUGGCAAUAGCGGAUGAGUUGGAUCUGGUGGUCCUCCUCGACCAAGAAUUGGGCGAAGUCUUCGGCCCCGACAUCUUCGGAGAGUUGGCUGCGCGCCCACGCGCAUGGCGCACGCGGCACGAGCUGCACAAGGCCCUGGAAGCUUGGGAGCCGAAGCAGGAGAACGGCUUCUCCCAAUCUCCAGCUCUCCGCGUUUGUUGGCAGAGGGUGUUAGGCGCGGCCCCAAAAUGGGGGGAGCGGAUCCCGGAGGCACGGCAGCGCUAUGCACGACGAUUUCUGCGAUAUUUGAGCAGAAGCCGCCGCGGGAAUAAGAACUUGAUCGUGGUGUCUCAUGGCAUCAUGGUGCAAACUUGCAUGAAGGUGCUUCCCAGCACAUCGGUUUGGGAUGUGGGCUCAAUUCCUUAUUGCAGUGGACUCAUGGCCCAUUUCUGGCAGAAGCAGUCAUUCGCUUCGCCGGAUUCCGUCACACCCAAGACGUUUCAGGACCAGUUCAGCUUCAUGAUAACCGAGGCGGACAUGAUAGCUCCAACCUCUGCCACCGAUGCAGAGGCAUCUGUGCCUGAACAUGCGACGCCCUCGACUGACUUGUCUGCUGAAACUGAAGAAGAGUCUCAACUUCGCCACGCGCGGCUUCAGUGGUGGGAGGUUCAUGUUGUGGGAGCGGAGGUGCAGUACGAUGUGCCGUCCCCUCGGUCUCGAACACGCUCGAGAAACCGGUAUCAGGACUAUCUCGACUCGAUUCGCUCAGACCACUUCUCCUGGGACAAUCUGUACAGCUUGCUGGGAGACCUCCCGGACGAGGUUCCUCUGGAUGCGUUUCAGGCCGUGGCAGUAAGGAACGACAGCUUGGACCUUUCUAGUGAUUCGGGCACACGUAGCUCCAUGGAGAUUUUUCGCCGGCCAAGAAUCACAUCUCUGCAGACGGAGAGUGUGGGUACAACCGACGACCCCGGCACGGAGCCCAUUAGCCCGGUGACGCCCGCUCCCGCUAUGCCGGUCUUGAAUCUGAGAGGCAGCAGCCUCAUGGGCCGAAGAGGCCGCGUACUGACGCUGAACACCGGGGCGCCGUAG